CGGUUCAUGCGAACGCUGUUAAGUUUUUCAAGGUGAUUUAUAAGAGUUAAAAAUAAGUGUAUAAUUCGAAAAAUGUCAGCCAUGGAUGACGUUCUUGAAAGUUGGGAAGAAAUUGAAGAAUCAGAGGUACUUGACAAAAAGUUGGAUGCCCUUCAAUUAAAUGCAGUAGAAGCAUUAGAAGAAAUAGAAUCUUCUAGCUUCAAGACUAAUCACCAUACAAGUGCCAGAAUGAUAAUGUUAGGAGAUGAUGGUAUGAGAUCUCAAUAUGUACCUCCUAAACCAACAGUAAAAAUAUUAAAAAGACCUACAAGAGAUUCACAAGGUAGUGGUGAUGGGCCAUUAGUGAAUGGAGAUAAACCAAAACAACCUAUUAAAUCUUUAAAACAGAGGGAACAAGAGUAUGCGGAAGCAAGGAAAAGAAUUCUAGGCGAAGAAAAAAGUCCAGAGGAAAAAUUAAUGCAAGAAAUAAAUAAAAUUCAACCAAAAUCAAUAACCUCAAGUAGUAGUGGAUUACCAAGUAAUGUUCUUCGUAUGCCUAUUGGGCCAGAUGGAACACGGGGAUUUAAUGUACGCAGGUAGCGCGUCUUCCAGGAAUCAACUCUUUCCACCCAUCCUUUUCCUUCUCUUCCUCCUCCUUAACACAGGGAAGAGAGGCAGCUAUGAGGCUGAUGGCAGAAAACAAUCUAAUAUUUCUGACCAAAUAUGAACAUAGUGCUCUUACCAUUUUGAAUGGAGCAUAAUAAGAACUAUGCUGCAGGGCACUGCUAUAGGCAGAUCAAUUAUAUAAAAAGAU